GCGGAGCUCACCUCAGUCGGUCGCAGCCGAGAACAGGAGCGGAGACGCGGAGAGGAAGGAAAAGUCGGCCCGAUGGAUUCCUUUGGGGGUGUCAGGCAUUUAUUACUUUCGUACGUGCUCAUGAACGCUGUCCUCAGUACGACACAGACCAAAGAAGAAGUGAUACUGGACAUGAAGGCAGCGGGAGGUGAACUGGGCUGGUUGACAUGGCGCAUGGAUCAGGCAGACAAAUCUGGGUGGGAGGUUGUCCAGAGGACCUUGAAUGGGUCUCAGUUUUACACCUACUCCGUGUGCAACGUCGGCGAGCGCGAGCAGGACAACUGGCUGCGCACCACCUUCAUCCAGCGGCGGCCCGCGGCCUCGCGGGUCUUCGUGGAGAUCCAGUUCAUCGUGCGCGACUGCAACUCCUUCGGCGGCGCCUCGCUCACCUGCAAGGAGACCUUCAACCUCUACACGUGCGAGUCGGACGCCGACGUGGGCACCACCUUCCGCAAGGGCCAGUUUCGGAAGGUGGCCACCAUCGCCCCCGACGAAAUCACCAACCGGAACGACCUGCGCAUCAACACAGAGACGCGGGUGGUGGAGAGCCUUUCUCGAAAGGGCUUCUACCUGGCCUUCCAAGACAUUGGCGCCUGUGUUGCCAUUCUCUCCGUGAGGGUCUACUACAAGACGUGUGCGGCCACGGUGAAGAGCCUGGCGUCGUUUCCAGAGACGGUGGCCGGCGGCGAAAACCAGGCUCUCCGGGAGGUGAGCGGGGCGUGCGUGGAUAACGCCGGCAGCGAGGACUUGCCCCGCAUCUACUGCACCGUGGACGGGGAGUGGGUGGUACCCGUCGGACAGUGCCAGUGCAACCCGGGCUACGAGGAAGUCGAAGAGGCGUGUCAAGAAUGUCGGCCCGGCUUCUUCAAAGCCACAGCAUCCGGUGACAAGUGUGCGCCGUGUCCGGCCAAUACCCACGCUCCGAGCUCCGGCGCUUCCUCUUGCACCUGUGCGAGUGGCUUCUUCCGGGCCCCUAAUGAUCCUCCUACUGGACCCUGCUCAGGUCUCCCUUCGGCCCCAAAGGACCUGGUGGCGACCACGACCCAGCACUCGGCGGGAAGGCUGGUUCUGUCCUGGAGCCCCCCUGAAGACACCGGGGGUCGGACCGACAUCACGUACAGCGUCGAAUGCCAGCGCUGCGAGGGCACCGUGUGCCAGGCCUGCGGGGAAAAGAUCCGCUAUGAGCCCGGCAACGCGGGCCUGAGCGACACCAGGGUCACGGUGAGCGACCUGGACUCGCAUCUCAACUACACCUUCACCGUGGAGGCGCGGAGCGGCGUGUCGGCGCUGGCUGGCCAGGCGACGCCCCGGUCGAACCGGCCUCCGUCCGCUGCCACCCUGACCACGUCGCUGCACUACACCGACCCACCCAAGAUUACCAGCGUGCGACUGGUGGAGAGGACGCCCAACAGCCUGUCCCUUUCCUGGGACGUGUCGCCCCAGCCCCGCGCCCAGUCACGACCCGUUCGCUACCAACUGAACUACCGCAAAAAGGACGAGAACGUGGCCAUGACUACUUAUGUCGUGCACGUGCUUGAGAAGAACUUUGUCCAAAUCGGGGACCUGAGCCCGGGCACAGCCUACCUGUUCAAGGUGCAGGCCUUUGGCGGCGACGGCAGCCCCGGAGGCUCCAGCGUGGAGGAGCAGUUCGAGACACUCCCUGAAGGUCUAACGCCAAACAACAACGCAGUCAUCUUUGGGGCAGCGGUCGGCGGAGCAGCCAUGUUGUUCAUAGUCAUAGCAGUCCUGUUCCUGUGCAGACGGAAGAGGAACUCCCACGCUCGGCAAGGACCAGAGGACACCUAUUUCUCCAGCUCUGAACAACUGAAGCCUUUGAAGACCUACGUUGAUCCGCAUACAUACGAAGACCCCAACAUAGCCGUCCUGAAGUUUGCCACGGAGAUCCACCCGAGCCACAUAACCAAACAGAAAGUCAUAGGAGCCGGCGAGUUUGGCGAGGUGUACCGCGGUAUUCUGAAGGCGCCGGGGAGGAAGGAGGUGGCGGUGGCGAUCAAGACGCUGAAGCCCGGGUACACGGAGAAGCAGAGGCAGGACUUCCUGGGCGAGGCCUCCAUCAUGGGGCAGUUCGCUCACCAGAACAUCAUCCGCCUGGAGGGAGUCGUCACCAAAUGUAAGGAUUUCUUUAAACAUGCAAUGAUUGUGACUGAAUACAUGGAAAAUGGAGCCCUUGACAGAUACCUCAGGGACCACGAUGGGGAGUUUUCCUCCUUCCAGCUGGUGGGCAUGCUCCGUGGCAUCGCUGCGGGCAUGAAGUACCUCUCUGAAAUGAGUUACGUCCAUCGCGACCUAGCGGCCCGCAACAUUCUGGUCAACACCACACUUGAGUGUAAAGUGUCGGAUUUUGGCUUGUCUCGAGUGCUGGAGGACGACCCCGAGGGGACGUACACCACGAGUGGAGGUAAGAUCCCCAUCCGCUGGACUGCUCCAGAGGCGAUAGCAUACAGAAAGUUCACUUCAGCCAGUGACGUGUGGAGCUUUGGCAUCGUCAUAUGGGAGGUUAUGGCUUUUGGUGAAAGACCUUACUGGGACAUGAGCAACCACGAGGUGAUGAAGGCCAUCAACGAGGCUUUUAGGCUGCCGGCGCCCAUGGACUGCCCCUCUGCCGUUUACCAGCUAAUGCUGCAGUGCUGGCUUCAGGACCGCUCCAAGAGGCCUCGUUUCGGAGACAUCGUCAGCCUGAUCGACAAGCUGCUGAGGAGCCCCGACUCGCUGAAGGCUAUUGCUGACUUUGACCCACGCGUAUCCAUCCGCCUGCCCAGCACCAGCGGCUCCGACGGGUCCCCCUUCAGGUCCGUGUCCGAGUGGCUGGAGUCCAUCAAGAUGAGCCAGUACAGCGAGAACUUCACCUGCGCCGGGGUGGUCACGAUGGACCAGGUCCUGCAGAUGAAGAACGAGGAUAUCAAGAACAUAGGGGUGAGGCUGCCUGGACAUUUGAAAAGAAUCGCCUACAGCAUUUUGGGCUUAAAGGACCAGACCAGCACCCUGAGUGUGUUCGCAGUGUGAUCCUGACAAUGAAGGGAAUUAAAACUGGGCACUGAGGCCGGCAGCCCUAUGAACUCAAAGCUGAGCUGGUGCGUAACUGCAGGGACGGCUUUGGAUCGGCAGAACCAAGAGAAAUGUCAUGCCAUCCCCCGACGCCGACUGAAUCAGACUGACUUACUGUACACUUUUGAUUUCUUCGCUCUAUCUACAUGGGAAAUAACUGUACAGACGCAAUGAGUUGCUAAUGCAUUUAUUAUAUAUAUAUAUUUUUUUUCUUCAUUUCACAUUCCUGAUUUAAAUAAACACCAACAAUCAAGCCAGCUCACCCUCAAACUACAAAAGGACACCGGAGCUGGUUGCAUCCAGUGUCGAGCAAACAAGGGAAACGCAGUGAGUGUGAUGGUGUGGGAGCAGUGGAAUGCGGCACCGGUCUGGCCGGUGCUGGUGUCUCCCUUUAAUCGGCACUUUGGCCCAUUUCUUUAAAGGCCAAUGGGAACAAAGCGUGGAGAGGGCUAAAAGGAGCGUGAGCUGGCCCAAAGUUAAAGACACGUUGUCGCUUAGGUGCAUAAACACAGACUGAGUUGGUGUUUUUGCUGGAUUUUUACUGGCUCCAAGCUGAAGUUAAGCUAUAAACAUGAUGACGCACGGGAAAGAAAUGUCACAAAGGCAUUUGAGGUACUCUGUGUACAAAAUCACUCCUUUUUUGUGUUUGGGCGAUUACCAAAAACUUAAAAUGUAGCACUUGAGAUCACAACGAUGAGAAGCAGUGAGGCUGGUUAGGAGAGGGUGAUCACACGCAAACUGGAAACUCAAAGAGAACCGUGUGAAUGGAACACGAAGCAGUGCAUCUGUUUGUCGCAGGCCAGUAAUGAAGAUGUUGGUGGGUUAGCAUAAAAUGUGCAUAACCUGAGUCUUACUGUGGGAAAAUGAUUUCAUACUUUUGUAACGGUUUGGUUUGCAAUUUCAAUGUUUCAUUUAGUUUUAUAGUAGAUACACAAAUGUUCCUUCAUUUUCUGUUGUUUGGUCGCAACAUGUUUUAUUUUGAAGCUCCUGUGUGUGGAGUUUAGAUUAGAGGGGAGCAGUUCCCCCCCCCCGUGCUCUUAAUUGAUGACUGCAAAUUAUUGUAUUACUGACGUGUACCUUCCUUUACUUGAACUUGAACUGUUUUCAGAUGCAUAUAUGACUUUCUUGUAGCUGAUAAACCAUCUUUGGAAAAGGGAUUUUGUUAUUACUCUGGUUUACUGAUUGCAUUUGCAUUUUGUAUUUACCAUAUUACCAAAUUGAUAUAUUUUUCGAUUGCCUUACUUUUCCUGCUUUACCAAACCUUAUGAGAGAAAAAGCAAACGUCUCCCUGUUUUAUACUGUAUUUAAUAGUCUAUUUAUUUUGUACUUGUAUUUAUUUAUCCUGAAACACUGAGAUGGGAUUGUAAUUGAAAUUUGUGCUCUUAUUCUUCAUAAUUAAAAAAAAAUCUCCGCUG